AUGUUCGUCCCUGAAACACUAACUAUUUAAUAAUCUCCUCAACAUUAGUUCCAAACUAUUGACUAAUCGCAAUAACAAAUAAAUCCAUUAGAGACCAUAUAAUUUGGCUAAAUGAAAAAAUCAGCCAAAAUAGUUCCAGAGCUCAAGAUUAGGAAAAUAUAUCUAAUGAAGGUUAGCGAUAAUGAAAUAAUUAGGAUAAAUUACGAAACAAGCAUGUUUGGAUAGAGUUAUAAAUAAACCAAUACCGAUAAUAAGAUUCAAUUAUUCCCGAUGAGACGAGUAAGAAAUUCAAUAUCUUAAAUAUUAGAAUUCUGUAGAAUUUGUCUGUGUGAUGAUGGCAACUCUACUUUGAUAAGACCUUGUAAUUGCAAAGGUUCCCUCAGGUUCAUUCAUGAGAAUUGCCUGAAAGUUUGGAUAUUGGAAAAGCAAGGCAUAGAGUAGGUAUACAAGAAUGAUAUAGAUUGUGAAGUUUGUCAUACAAAAUUUUAAAUGGAAACUAAGUUUUUAAAUCAAAAACAAUUUAGAAUGUUAAAAAAAGCACCAAGAGCCAGAAUUUGUUGUUGGGCAGUUGAGAUAAUAGUGACUCUAGGGAUAAUCGGAACAAUAAUUGCAUUGAUCUUUUAGAUAAUUAAUGGUAGUCUUGAACCCAUAUUAUUAGCUGGCACAACUGUGCUCUGUAUAAUAAUGAUCCUAAUAAUAUCUUUGGUGUACGUAAGUUGUAUCGAUCAAGUGACAGUUGAAGUGCUUGAUCCUUGGAGAAUCCUCGACGUGCAAGGGGAAAGUGAAUCGAAGUCGAUUUCAAUCAUUGAGUUGGAUAACCAAAACAAGCAGACCAUCUAGACUAUAAACCAUAAUGAGGAAAGACAUGACAUGCGAUAUUCGACUAUUAAUGUGGUUAAGAUAUAGAGUUGA